AUGGAGUUUGAUAAGUUUCUCCAGCAUUCACAUUUCCAUAGGCUUGAUUGUGCACUGUGCAUUUACACCAGGGGGAAAGGUGAUGGCUUUGCAAUAGUGAUCAUAUAUGUCAAUGAUAUGUUGAUCAUUGCACCAAAACUGGAAGCAGUCAAGUGCAUCAAGGAGGAGAUAGGCAAAAGAUGGAGAAUGGAGGAGGGCAGCAAUGUGUCUCACUUUCUAGGAAUCAAGAUCUCCAGGGAUCAAGAGGCAAAAACCAUGGACCUUGAGCAAACCAGCUAUGUCAAGCAACUGCUGGAUGAGCACUUGGACAAACACAGAAAGAAGUCUAGUGUCCCACUUCAUGACAUCCCAGUUCCAGAAACAAUGGCAAGCAUCACAGAAUGA